CAAGGCAGUUUGUGAGAUGCAAAAAUAUUGCUAACUUGCAUGCAGAUCACACCCGCCGCGAGUAACGUCGCAUGCGCUUUCGUAGUACAGCCAACGACUUUGCACGACGGAAGUGAGGCUACUCAUAGCACGAGGAGCAUGCUCACCGAGCUUCACGAAAAUUACUGGAUGUAUCUAGGCGAGAAUGACAUAUUUUGGGAAAGUGCAAAGGGCCCGUGGUCAACUCGCCCACUGGUGCACGAUGGGAUAUUCGUUGAGGCUCCAGUGCCUUGAGUUCUCUAUAGUCUUCAGACCUACCAUUUCACAGUCACUUCUGUCAACAAUUUUCUCUUCGAGUGAAUUAUACCAUUCUUCCUAAUGCUAUCUGAAGAUACAGAUGGAACAGAACUCAACGAUAUCGGAACGCCUGCCGUGCCGGCAGAAGUCGAUCUCAUGUCCAAUCCGGUGGCCCUCAAUGCCGAAGAGGAAUUUGCUGAGCACCCCCAGUCUGGUCAUUCUCCAGGAAAUCUCUUGGUCGAGGGUCGUUCUGGAACAGAACCAGAAAUGGCACAACAAGUCAUCCAGCCUCCUAUCUCAAUCCCCGGAUUCACUCCUGUGCAGAUUCAGAAAAUCAUGAAGGAGGUUAUCGACGUGAUGAUUGACAAGCUGCGAGACCUUCAAUCUGACAUCGUCCAGACAGACCUCGAGGCAAACAAUCAAAGGCGAACCGUCAGUAGCGCUCAAACUGUGUCGCGUGAUUGUUUGACCGUCAACCAUCCAGGUAUUGUUCAGCGGCAAAUACAAGAAGACGACUAUCUAAACGGUAUUCCAUCUACAUGGCAGUACGGAGUGUGGCGCAAUAUUGACGAAGACGUGAUUAAAGCAAUAAUCAAACAAUUUGCUCUUGAACUCGAGCCAACACGCGGCUACUUCGAACCUAGCAGCAAACUUCGUUCUGUACAAUUUGUCACUAUCGUAGAGGCUAUUGGAUCAAUCCUUCAGACCUCUUGGCAGCAUGAGUCAGAGCUUUUCGAUAUCAAACAUCUAAGAAGUUAUGAUAUAUAUAUGAGAAUUACUUCUCUAAUCAUGCAGCAUCCGGAUAAAGUCGCGAAAGUGGCAUUAGAGGUUAUCAAGGUUCUAUCUCGGGAUAUGCCCCUAAGAACUCUCACUCACAUGUGUUCUCGAAAGUCAGAGGAACUCCGUCCGAUCAUGUCCGGCGAACCUUCGGCAAACCUUGAAGACUUCUUCAUGUUGUUCCUCAGUUUUCAUAUCGUGACACUCGGAAUUUACAAACUGCACAAAUGGCUCAGUGCUUUAGACCAUUUUAUCGACUUGUCCAGACAACGAGGGGCCGCAUCGGACGAUCCUUUCGCGUUUCUGCUGUCCACAACAUACGCCGAUAUUGAAGAACAUAUAUUGAAGAAACAGCGCAGAUUAGAGCAACCAUGGGGUGCAGAUUUAUCAGACGACGAAAAGAUCUUCUGUAGCAGCGAUCUGGACAUUCACACUCUUACUUGUCUGAAAGGCUUCGAGAUCGAAUCGACUUUCGAUGUCAGGAAGCAUCUCACAAUGUCCUCUAAUUUUCUCAAGCGGCCGCAAGAAAGAUCUUGGAAACAGAUUUUGUACAUAUAUUGGUUUCCAACAAUAUGGAUAGAUAAGGCCCACUAUUUCGAGAAUUUUGCCUGAUGGUUUGGGUUGGUCUGAGGAGUUGGAAAACACCAUGCAGCUCUUGUUUGGCUGCAGAAAAUCGGCCGAAUCUUCCCAGU